AUGGCAGAAAGUAUCGGUAGCCUUACAGAUGGUAUAGAUACUAUGAUAGAUGCGACAGAGGAAUUUUCACAACUUGGUGGAUGUGCAACAAAAGUGAUUGGAAUUGGAGAAACCAUUAAACCCUUUAUACCAAUAAUCACUACAAUAUCUGGUCUAAUUAAAGAGAUUAUAGAUAUAUAUGAGAAAGCACAAUUUAAUAAAAAAAUUUGUAAUUCCCUACUUGAUCGUGCAAAAUCAGCAGAAGCAGCCAUGAAUACUUUACAACGAAGAAAGCAUGAGAAUGAGGAAAAGUUCCGUAAUCAAACAUAUUAUAAUAAUUUUAUGAAAUUUAAAAAUGUUUUAGAAAAAAUUAAAAAUUUUGCGGGUGAAGUGACACAAAUUCGAGGGAUUAGCAAAUACGUUAAUGCUAGUAUUAUUAAAGAAAAAUUUUUGGAAUUGACAAGUGAUUAUGAUAAAUGUAUGGAAGAUUUACAUUUUACGUUCGUAAUUGCUCAAGAUGAACAAAGAAGAUAUGAUCAGGAAAGUUUGGAAUCAGAUCUGGCAGAAAUGAGCGAGUUUUUGAAACAAUUUAGCGAAAACGUUCAAGGCACAUUAAAGUUUGUUCAAGGAUCCUUAAAUAUUCUCCACCAGGAAGUAUCAAUCAUCAAGACCCAAUUUUGUUCGAAAGAAAAGGAACCAGCCGAUACUGAUACCCAGAUUUCAGCACCAAGAAUAGAUCCAUCAUUAUUGAAAGAUAUUGAAUCCGAAAUACCCCCAAAAGAAUCAGAGAAUUCCGGCGCUGUGAAAAAAUUCUAUACGAAAAAUGCCAUAGCUGAAAAUUAG